AGACAAAACACGGCAGGUCGAGACGGCGCUUUACUGUGUUGCGUGUAACUUUGCAUUUUUUUAAAUGUUGUACUUCAGUUCUGGCACACGUUGUUUCUAAAAUGUUAGCAGCUCCUUUUCAGAGAGUGCAUUUUGGCAGCUCUCAAGAGAGGAAACUCUUACCCGUCCAUUUUGCACCCGACCGGCUGGGAAUCCAAAUGUCCCGACCCGAGGGGCCGCACGUCGGCCCGGGAUGCUACGACAACCACACGUUUGGCACCAUGCUCUAUGACUUACAGAAGAGACCUGAAAGUAAGAGAGGAUACAGCCUCUCUGCGAGGACCGCAGCACGCUUCCCGGCCUGUGGCUCAGUGACAGAGAACCCUUCCCCACAGCAGUACCAGCAGGAUCAAAGCCAGACCAGAGUCCCUCCUCCAGGCAAAACACCUUUCAACUCGACCUCACAGAGGUUCAAAAUCAUGUCCUGUACAGUUGAGGACAGCCCCGGGCCUGGGUACUACGCUCAAGAUGCAGUGACAAACAGGAAAGUAAGCUGGCCGAUGUGUUUCGGGAGCCCAGACUGGUCCAGACUGCCUCAGCUGGAGAAGAAGUCACUCAGGGUGAAGCUGAACAGUGAAACGGCAUUGCUGAAGCACAGAAGCAGAGUGGCCUACAUGAGUUUAUACUAUUAACCAACAUCAACCCAUUGUUGAUGUUGCCUUUGUCAUAAUUUGUACCUGAACUUUUAAUGUACAUUUACUGGAAUGAUACUGUUAUUAAAAAAAAUGGAUGUCUCAAUUUAAAAGUAAAUUAAAAAAAGAAAGAAAUGUAUUUUUCUUUAUUCUCA